AUGUUUUUCCGAUCUCUAUGUGUACCGAUUCAUUUGUUGUCCUGGUUUCUUCACAGAAAAUAUGGAGUCAAGUUAAAGAUUGGUAGUUACGGCCUCAUGUGCUUCCGUAAUAUUCAAUUACAUCUUAGAAAUGGAUUGAAAUUGGAAAUUGAGCAUGUUGGCCUUAGCAGCUAUUUAUUAAAUUCUAAGUAUAAAAGCCUAGUUGUGAUAUGUAUGAAUGAUAUUCGAUUACAAAGUGAUGUAAAAUGGAUCAAGUCACGAACUGCUCAGAAGCGUUCAUCAGAUGGAAAAGAUUCCAGUUCUUCGCUUUUCAAGUACUUCUCCGUACUAAAAUUUCUGUCACUUCAUGUUUUAAAUGCUAGUGUAAUGCAGUUGGGUAAAUCGGAUGAAGAAUUUCUUUUACAUUCAUCUUUCCAAGAGUUAUGUUUAUAUUUUAUCCAAUCAUCAGUUGGCCUCCAAGUUAGUGUACGUCUUCUGGCAUCUUCAAUAAAAGUGUUCAAACACUUAUCAGUUUCAGUGUCUUUAAAUAUUGCUGAACCUGAACUGAUGCUUUAUGAAGGGUUCUCGGCUAUGAAAUUUAAAAAUUAUGUUCAAAAUGGUAUGCAGAAUAAAAAACAUGAGCAAAAAGAGGAAGCAUUGUUACAAGAAAACUCAAAUGAUCUAAAGCAAAUAGUUAAAAAAAUUCCAAAGAUUUCUGAUAUUGGAAUUGAUUCAUUUUCAGUAAAAGUAAUGAUGGAAGGCGGUCACAGAACUUUCACGUUUGGUAUCAAAUUCAUAUCUGCUCAUCUUGAAAUAGGAGAAGUCAGUGAAAUUGAAACUUUGCCAAGCAUUUUAUCUUCUUUUGAAAUAAAGGACAUUUCUGCAGCUAGUGAUCAUGUCCAAAUUGGACAGUUACAGAAAUUUGCUUUUGAAUUACAGGUUGCGGAUAAACUUGUGGACAUAAAAGUCACUUUAUCACUUUUACAUAUAUUAUAUCAAAAAGAAAUUUUGCAGUAUUUUCUAAGAACUUCUCAUCCACAAAAUCAAGAUACAAGACCUAAAGUAGAACUUAAAAUAAAAAGAAAGAAUUUGAUAAAGGAUGCCUUAGUGAACAAUAGAGUCAAAGUUGCGAUUGAAGUUGAUGGUAUUUGUGUUUCAUUUAAAAUUCCUGAAUGUGAAACCUUUAGUUUUGGCCUAGUUAAAGGACAAAGCUCCUUCGAACAUUUCAUUAGUAAUCAAGAGCUUGACUGUAUCUUGCCACAAAAGUUUCCUUCAAGCACAGUAUCAAGUUUUGAAUUACUUUUAGAAACUGUACACUUAAAAUUGGGUGAUUCAAAUUUUACAGAGUUUGGAAUGCUGAAAAAAUAUCAUUUUAAUAUUAUCCCUUUUUCGAUAGGUAUAAUAUUAUUAAAGGGCCGAUGCAAUCAAGCGGAUAAUUGUAUUGAAUGCAUGUUUGAUAGCAGUCAGUUACAGUGGUCCCCUAAUUUUAGUCAUCUAAUAUUCUAUAUGUUUAAAUUUAUGUUAGUAAAUUUUACAUCAUUGUCUUCAAAAAAGAUUAGAAGUCAAGAUCAACAGAAAAAAUUAAGCUCGUCACUUUCAGAAAAGAAUCAUAAAACUAAUUUCAAUGUUGACUUGAGUUUUAAUGGAUUAAAUAUAUUUGCUAUAAAUGAAUACAAAACUGGAGCAAUGGUAAGAGCAGACAGUUUGCAUGUCUGUUCUUCUGAAGAAAGGAUGAAAGUAGCAUUUCAGGGUAUUAAAUUGGUCUCUCUGAAUUCCUUGAUGCAGAGUUAUCAGUGUAUCAAAUCACCUGAGAUAAAAACAUAUAAUGCUUUUGUUAAAGAAGGAACUUUCAUGCAUUUUAAGAAAAAAAAGGAAAUCACAUUAUGCCUGUCCGAUGAUGUUUAUGCUCUUUGGAAUUCAACAUUACAUAUGACAAUUUAUACUAUUUUACAAGAAAUGAGCAAUUUCAAGGCUAAUGCUUUAAGUUGUUAUAAUGAACUCCAUUGCAAAAAUAUUGAACAAAGAUCUUUUGAAAACUCUUCUUUCGAUGCCAAUAAUGAAAAUGAAAACAGUAAAAGGCCUUCAGUUAUGUGUUUACAAGCAAAUGGGUGCAUAUCUAUUGCGUUAGCUUUGUCCAAAGCUCACAAAUUAGUUUUUUCAUCUUCUGAUAUUGCAGUGAGUUAUCGUCAAGAGAUCAUAUCGGCAAAUUCUGAUCAUUUGGUUAUGAUAUUUGAUAACCAUGAAGUAUUCACAUUUGAAAAAGUUUUAAUUUCUUUAGUUCCCCCCAGUGAGCAGCAAGAACUCUGUCGACAAGGUUUUGAGGACCUUGAACUGAUUAAUAAUCGACUGUUGAGCUUUCAGUUUGAAAGUGUCAAGUUUGCAUUUCCCUAUAAGUAUAAUUUUGCUGAAGCUUUCAGUGAAGAGUUUAUUAAUGUCAUAAAAUGGCUCAAAAUUUUGCAUAAGAGAAAGAAAACUCUUUUUACUUUGGAAAGCAAACUCCCUCCUGAUCUCCAAAUUUUAUGCAAGGUUUGGACCAUUGAAAUUGAAGAUGAUCCUUUCGAAGUCAAACUGAGAGAUAAUUUUGAGUUGUUAGAAGAUGAAUAUCAUGAGAGCUUAAAACGAAAACAAAUAUUAGAUGAAAAAAUUGAGCAUUUUAGAAGAACUAAUCUACUUAUCCCUGCUGAAAAAAUCAAAUUAUUGUGUUCAAAACUUGCUCAAAAAAAUGCUGAAAUAUACAUUCAACGCUCCCAGCAGUUAUAUUUAAAAAACUCUCUUAGAACUUCUUUAUGCACUUGGACACUCGAAGAAAUUGACAUCUUAGCAAUUGCAGAUACAUCAUAUCAUGGCACAGAACGGGUUGUCAAUAGAAUGAAAAUGCUAGAUAUGGAAAGCCCUUAUCCAGAUGAAGGUCUUGAAUUCACAACACUUUGGGGUCGUAAAGUGAGGUGUUCUGCUUCUUCCUGGACUUGGCAAAUGAGAGAUUUUCCACAAAUGCCUCUACAUAUCAGAGAAUUAAAUAUUUGGGGCUUUCUUAUUGGAGCUGAACAGGAAGCUUCCCAGAGGGCUAAACGAUCAUCUCAAUUACAAAUUGAAAAGCCCUGGGAGCCAUUUAUUCUGGAACGUAGUAUGCCUUCCUUGAAGUUUUACCAUGACCUUACAUUUGAUAUGGAAGAAAUGUCAAUGGCUUAUGGUCCAAGUUGGGAGCCUAUAAUGGCCCAAAUCAGUUUAGCAAUGGAACUAAUUAGUAGGCCUUCCUUAGAUCCUAGUCCUGCCCUUCCUUGGUGGGAUAAAAUGAGACUGUUGUAUCAUGGCCGUCUUACAUUCUUAGCCCAAAGACUUGCUUUGUACAUGCGCGCAUCUCUGGAUCCUUAUAACACAACGGAACAUAUGGAGAUAUCCUGGUCUGAAGUUUUUAUUGAAUGGACAAAUGGUAAAAUAUUAACAAAAGGUGACCUUGACAUGUAUGUUCACACAGCUUCUAAAUAUGAUGAAUUAAGAGUUCUACAUAUACCUCAUCUUAAAUUAAGUAUAAAUUUUGAUUGGUUAUGCUUAGGGAAUCCCUUCGAUCAUCAUAAUGUAAUGCCUUGUGCACCUGAUAAAGUGCCUGAGUACUCAAUUAAUCAGGAACACGAUUCAUAUCGAGCUUUCCGUUCCCAAAAUUUGAAUAUCUCUUAUUCGUAUGAAACCAAAAAUGUAAAUGCUGAUCAAGAUGACAUUCCUACAAUGCUUCUUUACAGUAGCACAUUGAAAUGGAUAGAAAAUUUAAAAAUGAUACUCUCAGGUGUAACACGUUUAACUAGAAGAGGGAAAUAUUUUUCAAAUGUGAGACCACGUAAACCUCAAUUGAGUCGCCAUUAUCAUCGGCUGUGUGUUUCUUUGAAUUUGCAUAAAUUUAAAAUAAUAUACUGGAUGUCUUUUGCUAAACAAAGAGGCCUAGAACUUAUUGGAGGAAGACUGUUUUUAAGUUCUGAACACACCCAGACUCUUGUUCCUGAAAAUGAUGGUCUGAAACACAGACCACGAGCUGUGUGGAACAUUGGUUAUUUAAACUCAGAGUUAUGUGAUAGUGAGAUAUGGCUUUAUAACUCCAUAAAUGAAGAUGAGAUUGCAACCAAAUCAUUUGAUAUCCCAGUAGAAAGAAGUUACUUUCUUAGUGUGAAAAGGGUAUCGUAUGGAAGAGAAGAAGUUGUUAAAGAUGUUAUGACGGAAGAGGAUAAAGCUGAUACUCCAACUCACCGUUUAGUUGUCUAUGGUAUGAAAGGAGCUUGGACAAGACAUAACAGAUUAGUGGCAUUCAGCUUAUUUGACAGUUAUCAGAAAACUGUGCUAUUGAAGAAAAAUUUAUCUACUGAAGCACUUCGAGGUUUCAAAGUGGAAACUCAAAACACACCUCAAAAACUACGUUCUCAAACUAAUACAUCUCAGAAUCCUUCAUCUGCAGGACCCAGUCCUGCUACUAAUCUUCAGUCAAGUCAUGCAGCCUCAAUGCUACAAAAACUUGUUGCUGAAUCAGAAGCUAACUCAAUGGUGUUUAUUGAGGAGAUGGAAGGGAAUACUCGAGAACAACAACUUCACGGAGUUUCAGCUUGUCAAACUGAUGAUGUUCUGCAAAAGAAAUGGCUCAUUGAACUUGUCAAUAGUCAAGUCAUGUUGAAAGGUUGUGAAACAUCUGGAUAUGUAAUAGUAAGUGCUGCUAAAGCUAAAAUAUUGCAACGGUUACAUCGUCCUGUUUGGAAAGACCGAUCACUGGUUUCAAAGACUAGUUGGAUUGGCUCAUUUGAAUGUAUGCAGUAUUAUGCUACUGUGGAUGCCGGUUCUCCAAGUCCUUCUGUUGAUGAUGUCAUGUGGCUCUCUGUAGAUAACAUCGAAGAGAGGGAAAGCAUGGUUAUAAGUGAUCUUCCUGACCUUGUUGGAAGUGGCCACAGUGUUGGUGGGGUAGUUAGUAGUACUGUCGGUGCUACUUCGGAUCCUGAAUCUGCUCCCAUUCAGUUACAAAGAAUUGUUUCACGGUGUGGAUGCCAGUUCUUUUAUGCUAGCUUUGGCGAAAAUGUUGACGCUGCAAGUUUAGAAGAAGUUCCACCUCUGCCAGAAGAUAACGAUUUGUGGGAGAAAGAGGAAGCAGUUGAUUCUUUCACUUUGACUCAUCAUGAUUUGGAUAUUUGUACUAAUUCAUUACAGUAUGCUAUGAUUUUGGACUUGGUAAAUAAUUUAUUGCUGUAUGUGGAACCAAGGAAAAAGGAAGCUACAAAUAAACUACAAUACAUGAGGUUUCAACUGCAGCUCUGCUCAGUUGAAGAUCAAAGGGGACCAAUAUUGGAGCUGCAGCAAGAUAUUAGGUCUUUGGUUUCCAAUUUAAGGCGUUUAGAAAAAGAAGCGUACACAAUACAUAAACUUCUGUUGGAAAAUCCUGAUAGAGAAGAUUAUUUAGAUGAACUUCAUGAUCUUGAUAUUAAAAUUUAUACUCACAAAGAACAGCUCAACAUGAUGAAUGAACAAUUAACGAUGAUGAUAAGUUGUUUUAAGGAAACACAGAUAAUUGCCAGCCGCUCUCGCCAAAGGGCUUCAUCUCAAGAAAAAGGUGUAUCUACCGCAAGGCGUUCUGAAGUCUGUUUUAAGCAUGCUCAGUGGAGGCUAACAGAUGCUGAUGGUCAACUUGGAAUAGCUGAUUUGGUUUUAAGCAAUUUUUUGUAUUCAAAAGUUACGAAAACUGAUGAUUCUGUUGAACAUUUGCUAGAGUUAGGUUACAUGAAAAUGACUAAUUUACUUCCAAAUCAAACAUAUAAGAUUGUACUUCAACCAACAGAAGUGCAGACUAAAAUACCCCUAGAGAGACGGUGCUUUUUAAGGAUCUUCUGCAGAGAAAGAGCACCUGUUGGUGGAAUUUCUAUAAAAGAACACCUUGAAGUGAAUGUUGUUCCUAUUACUAUUGGACUAACUGAAGCAUUAUAUAAAGCUAUGCUUAAAUUCUUCUUCCCGGGAAGAGAUACUGAAAAGGGAGAAGAUCAUUCUGAAGAUGAAGAGCCUGUGGGUUCUACUACUAAGAAACCUAAACAAAAAAGUUCAUCAACAUUUUAUGGAGAAAGAGAUGAUAUUGAAAAAAUGAAGGAAAGGGCAGAUAAAAAUCAUACUUUUUUUUCUAUAAAAAUACCCGAGGUACCUAUACGAGUCAGUUAUAAAGGUAAAAAAGAGAAAAACAUUGAAGAUGUUCAUGAAUUGAAUUUAGUGUUGUCAACUAUCGAGUAUCACAACAAAACUUGGACAUGGCUCGAUUUACUCAUGGCCCUAAAAAAUGAUGCUAAGAAAAUUUUACUUUCACAGGCAAUCAAGCAAAAGUUAUUGAAGUCUCGCAACAUUCCAGAAAAGGACACUCAACCUCAAGAAGAUGAAAAAGCCUCCAUACUUCUGGGAACUCAACAUUUGGCUGGCUCUGACCGAACAUUAAAAAAAGGACUACUUGGCCGUAUGAGAAAAGAUCAUCAUUGA